GCGGACAUCUUUUGUCUCUACCAAUCAUUUCCUUCAAUAUUCAUCCCCUCCCAGAACCCGAGAACCCACCACCUAAACAACAAAUCCAGACCAUUAAUCAUAUUAAGCUCUUCCACAGAAAAAGAACCCAAAAAGGAAAAAAAAAAUCGAGAACGUUGAGGGUGUAAUGGAUAUACCCUCUUAUCAUUAGAACUUCUCCAGAUUCUCCAGAUUCAGGCUUGAUAAAAGAAUCCGUAGAUUCUGCUGCUCUAUCUGGGGCUCUUCUGGUGCGCAAUGGCUUCAAAUGCUACGGUAAAAUGCCCGGCGCCAAUGAAGGCUACCUCAAAUGGAGUCUUCCAAGGGGAGACACCCCUUGAUUAUGCACUUCCUCUGGUAAUCUUACAGAUAUGCCUAGUCAUUGUCCUGACAAGGAUUCUUGCAUACCUUCUGAGGCCUUUAAGACAGCCGCGGGUUGUAGCUGAGAUUAUUGGAGGAGUCCUACUGGGUCCGUCCGCCUUAGGCCGCAACCAAAAAUUUCUCCAUACGGUGUUUCCGCCCCGGAGUCUGACAGUGUUGGAUACAAUUGCCAACCUAGGACUCCUUUUCUUUUUGUUUCUUGUCGGCCUCGAACUUGAUCCGAAGUCCCUUCGUCGGACUGGAAAGAAGGCCUUGGCCAUUGCCCUCGCAGGAAUUACUCUUCCCUUUGCAUUAGGAAUUGGGACAUCAUUUGCUCUUCGUGCGACUAUUUCAAAAGGUGUGAAUGAAGGCCCAUUUUUGGUGUUUAUGGGAGUUGCCCUUUCUAUCACUGCCUUCCCUGUCCUGGCCCGUAUCCUGGCUGAACUGAAGCUUUUAACGACCGAUGUUGGUCGCAUGGCCAUGUCUGCUGCAGCAGUCAAUGAUGUGGCUGCAUGGAUUCUACUUGCUCUUGCUGUUGCCCUGUCAGGUGUAGGUCGUUCUCCCCUUGUUUCAUUGUGGGUUUUGUUGUGUGGUAGUGGUUUUGUGCUCUGUUGUAUUUUUGUAGCGCCUCCCAUAUUUCGAUGGAUGGCAAGAAGGUGCCCUGAGGGGGAGCCAGUAGAUGAGAUGUAUGUAUGUGCUACACUAGCAGUUGUUCUUGCUGCUGGAUUUGUCACUGAUACUAUUGGAAUUCAUGCCCUGUUUGGGGCAUUUGUGAUUGGAGUUCUUGUCCCAAAGGAGGGCGCUUUUGCAGGUGCUCUAGUUGAAAAAGUUGAGGAUCUAGUUUCUGGUAUUUUCCUUCCCUUAUACUUUGUCUCGAGUGGACUGAAGACCAAUGUUGCCACCAUUCAUGGGGCUCAGGCAUGGGGUCUUCUUGCUUUAGUAAUUUUCACAGCCUGUUUCGGGAAGAUUGUUGGGACCAUCUUUGUCUCUCUGUUGUCCAAGAUGCCUCUUCAGCAGGCUGUAGCUUUGGGUUUUCUGAUGAAUACCAAAGGUUUAGUUGAGCUCAUUGUCCUCAACAUUGGGAAAGACAGGGGGGUUCUUAAUGAUGAAACAUUCGCUGUCAUGGUUUUGAUGGCUCUCUUCACAACAUUUAUAACAACGCCUAUCGUCAUGGCAGUGUAUAAGCCGGCUAAAAUGGCUAGAUCUGAGUAUAAACAUCGCACUAUCCAAAGGAAAGAAGCAAGUACUCAGCUUCGUCUGUUGACCUGCUUCCACAGCUCUAGGAACAUUCCAUCUCUCAUCAAUCUCAUUGAGGCUUCACGUGGCACUGAGAAGAAAGGAGGACUUCGUGUCUAUGCAAUGCACCUCAUGGAGCUUUCUGAAAGGUCGUCUGCUAUUCUCAUGGUCCACAAGGCAAGAAAGAAUGGGCUGCCCUUCUGGAGCAAGGUGCAGGAUUCUGAUUCAAAUCAAGUUGUUGUUGCUUUCGAGGCUUUUCGGCAUCUUAGCAAGGUGUCCAUCCGACCUACAACUGCAAUCUCACCAAUAGCCACAAUGCAUGAGGACAUUCUUGCUGGUGCUGAGAAAAAGGGGGUGAGUAUGAUCAUUCUCCCAUUUCAUAAGCAUCAGAGGAUUGAUGGGCAUCUGGAAGCCACCAGAGCAGACUUUAGGCAUGUUAACCGGAGGGUUCUUCGGGCGGCACCAUGCUCGGUUGGUAUACUUGUCGACCGUGGACUUGGCGGAACAUCUCAUGUGUCUGCAAGCAACGUUGACUAUACCAUAACAGCCUUGUUCUUUGGUGGUCAUGAUGAUCGCGAAGCAGUUGCUUAUGGUGCGCGGAUGGCUGAGCACCCUGGUAUCAACUUAGUUGUGGUUCGUUUCACCGUGGAUCCCAAGGUUGCUGGAAAAUCCGUCAAUUUAGAUGUGAAUAAGAGCUCUGGUCCUGAAGCAAGGUCUGACGAUGAAGAGUUCCUUUCUGAAUUUAAAGAAAAUGUCAAAGAGGUCAGGUCAGUAACAUUUGAAGAAAAGAUGGUAACAGCUGCUGCAGAGACAGUUGAAGCGGUUCGUGCUUAUAGUCGGUGCAACCUGUUUCUGGUUGGAAGAAUGCCCGAGGGUCAACUUGUUGCGGCUCUGAACAAUACUACUGACAGCCCUGAACUCGGGCCGGUAGGAAACUUCUUGGUUGCCCCCGAGUUUUCUACAAGAGCAUCAGUUUUGGUGGUGCAGCAGUACUGCAGAGAGUUAUCUGAGGACUCAUUGGCCUCCCUGGAGGCAGAGGGAUCAGGCGAAGAGUCCAACUGAUUGGUUUGAGCGCUUGGCUUGUAAUAUUACUUGUGAAGGAAGCAAAAUCGCACGGUACAAAGCAUAUAUCCAUUUUCUCCUCCUGUUUUUCCCAUGGAAAUGUAGUAAUUGUAAAGCUUGAUCUGAAUGGAUGCAACGCAACGUGGUUUUUUUUUUCCUUAUACACUUUACAUUCUCCAUGCUGUUGUGUAGCUCGGGACAGUAUAAUAAUACAUAAGACUUGAGGAAUUAUCACCUCAGUUUUAAGGAUA